AUAGUGAGUAUGUAAGCAACUUCAACCGAUAUUCAUGUACAUGAGUGGACUUUGUUUAAGGACGAUACAUUAAAUACACACGAACUAGAAAUCGAAAACGCUAACAGUGGACAUGUUAAUAGUUUAGUAAACAUCACUAAUUGAUCAGAUGUGUUAUUAAUUAUGUGUUUGUCUUUGCGUUCUCCGACGUUUUAGCAGUAUCUGCUUAUUAAGCUUAAAGGAGUACGCAAUUGAACUUAAGUAUGUUGUUAAUACUUUUAACUAACAUACUCGUACUAUGAUGUAUUAAUACCAAUAAUUGCAACUGCUUGACAUGUUUAUUUUACGUUAUACUGACACAUAUAUACAUACAUUAUUGGCAAUACAAGUAUACUGUAACUAAACCAAACGAGUGUUUUGUUAAUAAAUCGUCGCGUAGAAUUUUCUUGAUAUUUACUGUGUAUUGCGAGCCACGAACAAGAAACAAAAACAGAACGCAUAAUUUAUAGUAAAAAAAUUAUAAAACUUGCCUGAAAUAUCUGUAACGGAAUGCUGUUUGGUGCGUUAACUGUUUCGAUUAUCUCGAAAAAGAAAAGAAAAUACAAAGUUAAGAUAUAAGAACUAACCCCACCAGUCAUUAAGAACAGAACAAACCGUUUAUUAAGACUUGUACAAAUGUACAUCGUCUAAGGAACAUAAGUGUCGUGAGUAGCAUAUGUUCAAUGGCCCGAAACAGGCGAGGCAAACAGAAACACCCAUCACGGAAAGAGAGAAAUUUGUGGAAAACAACCCAAGAUGGAUUUGACAGAUGAUAGAGAUUUCUCAGAGAGACUUUCACGAUUUAUUGAUCAUAUUGCCGUCAAUGAACAUUUAAUACAGUUUAGACGGAAAAUAAUGUUAUAUCAUGAACAUGUAAACACAUUGAAAAACAAAGCUUCUGGGCGUAACAGACGAACUUAUAUAUUUGGAAGUCAAAUCGAGGGCACUACAACAAUCGGAAUGAUGUCUGACGCAGACUUCUUGCAUCGUUUUGAUACGUUUCGUUUGUUUCUUGAUUCAGAAAAUGAACCCCUUCAGCCGCAUGAUCACCAAAUCGUAAUUAAGGUGAGCAUAGACGAGUGUGCUUCGCAGUACUGUGUUUUAACAAUGAUUGAACCAUCAACACAAGCAAGACGCUUUCGUAAACUUGAUCCUAUUCGAGAUCCUGUUGAUAUCGUUACAUUUUUUCAAAGAAUUGGGACGCUAUCUGACGGCAUGAUUCCACAUACAGUUAUGUUCGAGGCCAUAAACCAACCCUCAGUAAUUCUUAAGCCUGGAAAAAGACACGGACCUGCAGAAAAUAUAGGGAAUAACGACAUUGUUCGUGCAUAUUUCUGUAAAAGUAUUCCAAAGCAAUGCAUGUUUGUUUUUGAAAGGCCUCGCCCCGGUCACUGGCCUUCGGAGAAGACGCUGAAAAAAGCCAAGAAAUAUGGUGUGUUUAUAGUUCCACAGGGACCCCCUAAAAGUACGAACAUUUGUACAUACGAUUAUUUUGAAUACCGAUGGCGAAUUUCCACAAAUCUUACAGAGCGGCUAUUUAUGUUUAGUUUAGAUUCAUUACAUCUGAAAGCUUUUGUUCUGACAAAGAUGAUAAGAAAGGAGUUGUUUGUGCCAGAAUAUCAAGACAGGCUUAGUACUUUUCAUUUCAAAACAGCCUUCUUCUUUGCGGUCGAGAACACGCGGCCUGAUGUGUGGAGAGUGGACAAUCUCAUCAAUUGUGUCAAGUACAUUUUUGCAACUUUGAAGCGCUUCUUAACACGCCGCGAUUGUCCACACUUUACCAUUAAGAAUGUUAACCUUUUUGAUGGGAAAAUUGAAAGACACGAGUUUCCGAAAUUGGUGGAUAAACUUGCAUAUGUUAUUAAUUCACUGCGGACAAAGCUCGAACAUAUGCAAAUAGACAACAUGGGAAAAACGCUUAAUAAGCGCAGUACGAUUAAAAAUGAUCGCAGCAUAUAUUGUUCUAAUACGUCAGCACUAUUGAUGUAUGUAUUUAGAAUUUGUCAUUUGGAGAUGCCUACUUAUAAUAACCACCUUUUAGUCGCACCCGUGAAUUACAGGAAAGCUGAGUAUGAAAACGAAUAUACACGCUUUCAAACGUAUUAUCGCGCCCCGUUGGGAAAAUACAGAAAAUAUGAAUUUGAAUUGCAGAGCACCAUGUCAACUCUUGCUAGUAUAUUAGCUUCGGUGUACCUAGAAGAGAAGGCAGAUGGGCGUGAAUAUAAUAACGAUUGCAUCAAUAAAGCUAGACAAAUGUAUACACAAUCUCUUAAGUCUGAUAUCAUUGGCAACUACAUGCGAUACGCUUCCUUCCUUUUCUGCAAUGGAGAAUAUGAUGCAGCAUGUCAAUAUUUUGACUUGAUAGAAAAUCUGAUACAAGAAGAUACCAAAUCUAAUCUCGUUAACCAGUUGUUAAUUUCUCCAUCGGAGUCAUUAGCAUUGCAGAUAGCAAAGCAGUCAUAUGAACAGACUUCUAAACAAAGGAGGUCAGUCUUUUUGAUAUUUAGUUAUGAAGAGGCUAUGUGUGUUCCUGCAUUCCUGCGGUACGAGCUGUGCCGAGGCCGUUUAUGCACCUUAACUUCAUCUGGUGUUGGAUUAUAUAUCGAUUAUGACCUCAUUUGUGUGCAAAUCGAGCCCUAUCUCUACUAUCUACAAUACCUUACAUACAGAGAACUUCACAAAGAACCGAAACAAUCGGAAGCUUUGAAGAAAUUAUCAAUAAUAAUUGAAAUCAUUAAAUCCUCAAGAGUUAUAUCAUUUAAGAAAAAUGCCUUUGCAGCACACGGCUUCUGUGAUACCUCUUUGAACAUGCUAGGGCACUGCUUAGAACUGGAGCAAAAGUGGGAAUCGGCGUGGAAGAAUUACACAACUUCUUUACGACUGCAACCUGAAGCAAAUGCAGCCGCCCUGCAUUUAACUCGACUUCUGUGGCAAGUUAUUCAAAGUCUGCGGACCUAGGUGUCUACAACUGGCCGCAAACGUUCCCACAGUCGUGCAGCGCCCCUGCGCAGUCGCCAGUGAACAUUGAGCCGCCUCCAGGUCGUACUGAAGAAGAACAGCUGUCCAA